GAGCGAUACGGACGUGUUCGUCUCCAGAGAGUAAAAGAAUUACCCACAAAACCCUCAGAUAUUUGUAUAAUAAAAACAGAUCCGUUAAAUCCCAAAGAUCAGCUCAACAAAAGUGAGAUUUGUGAAGUGACCAGAGAAAAAAAUAAAAAUAAAUCCACCAAAUAAUAUAAACAAAUUGAGCCCAGUGCAGACACAGUGAGAGCGAAAAGCUUAGAGCCCCAAAAAUGAAUCAUUUGUCGCCGCCGCCAUCGCCGCACUCGCAGCAGCCCAGUCCAGCGGGUUACUCGGGACCAGCGCUGGACAAGCAGUGGAUGCAGCGGGCAUCCGCCUUCAACACUGUGAUAGCCUCGGCAGCAGCCCAGAAGCUGAAUGGAAGAGAUCUGCCCUUCCUCUAUAAUCCGCUGCUGUACUCCAGUGCACUGCUGUGGCCACAGUUUCUGCUGUCCUCCGCCACAGCUUUGGGGACGCCUCUGACGCCCAUGACUCCCAAGUCCCCUGCCUCCAUAGUGUUGGGUCAGCGGGAUCGGGACUAUGCUCUGACCCCCGAGAAGGAGCAGGAAGUGCAGCACACCACCACCACCACCACCACAAGCAACAACAACAAUAACAAGCAGUUGUUGCAGGACCAGGACGAGGAUAUGCCAUUGAACCUGAGCACCAAGGAGCGCAGCAAGUCGGAGCAGUCGGAGCAGGAACAGGAGCACUACCACAGCCAUCCACAUCAUCACCAUCGCCAUCAGCACAACAGCAGCAGCAACAGCAGCAGGAGCAGCACCAGCGGAGGCAGCCUCAGCGAUGCGGAGGCAGUGCAUCCCAUGGCCGCGCUGAAUGUCACACCGCCACCCCUGAAGGCGGUCAAUCUGAAGAGUACGGGAACCCCCCAGCAGCAGAGACAGAGAUCGCAGGGAAACAUCAUUUGGUCGCCAGCCUCCAUGUGCGAGAGAUCCGCGAGAAGGGAGCAGCAGAGCGAGUACAACGAGUACAACGAGGAGGAUGAGCCGCAGGUGGAUCCCAUUGUGAGAAAGUUCAAGUACGAGCGACGGUCGGCAGCCUCCGUCUCCUCCCUGCAGUCGCCGAUCUCCUCGUUAUCCGCACCCCAGGCCACGCCUGUCCAGGACAUGGACUUCGAGGUGGCACAGCAGCAGCUGUACGCCCAUCGCAGCGCCUUCAUGGCCGGCCUCACGGGCAACAAUCUUGAGCUGCUCACCCAGCACCUAAAGUCCCAGCAGCUUCACCAGCAGCAGCAGCAGCAACACAUCAAGGAUGAGGCAGCCAGCGAGCAGCAGGAUAACCGCUCGGCAGCGGCGCUUAUGGGCCUGGUGGCAGCCGCCGAAUUCGGUUAUAUGCGUAAUCAACACCAACAACAGCAGCAGCAGCAGCCACAGCCACAGCAGCAGCAACAGUUGCAACAUCAUCAGCAGCAGCAGCAGCAACAUCCUGAUUCGACCGCCACAGAUGUUGCGCGUCGAUCCUCCUCCUCGUCCUCAUACCAGGGCGAGUGCGAGGAGAAGCGCAGCGGCAGGAAUUUCCAGUGCAAACAGUGUGGCAAGUCUUUCAAGCGUUCGUCCACCCUCUCGACGCAUCUGCUCAUCCAUAGCGACACCCGGCCAUAUCCCUGCCAGUACUGCGGCAAGCGGUUCCACCAGAAGUCCGACAUGAAGAAGCACACAUACAUACACACGGGCGAGAAGCCGCACAAGUGCACGGUGUGCCUGAAGGCCUUCAGCCAGAGCUCGAACCUGAUCACGCACAUGCGUAAGCACACGGGCUACAAGCCUUUUGGCUGUGGCCUCUGCGAUCAGUCGUUUCAGCGGAAGGUGGACUUGAGGCGGCAUCGGGAGAGCCGCCACGAGGAGGCACCCCUCGACGAUCUGAAGCCCCCCACGCUGCUCAAAAUGGAGGUCAGCAGCAGCAGCUGUUGACAGCCGCUACUCGUUAUCCACCGAACACAACCGAGCUCCCACGUGGAUCGGAUCCCAGUAUUAGCUGAGCACAUCCAGAAAGAAGAGCGGAGUAGGAGUAGGAGGAGGAGGAGGAGGUGGAGGUGGCCCGUCUAAGUCGCUGCUAGGAAGCCAAAGUUUGUUUUCUCUUGGCCUUCGCACAGAUGAACCAUUAAAGAGAUCUUUUGUUAAGGGUGCCCUCCCAUUUGUUAGCUAAGACAUUUGCUCAAUUUUAGCCCUAAGCCCCUCCCAAUGUAAAUAGUUACCCAAACAAGACUUAUUCUUAUAUGUAUAUGUAUGUGUUACAAUCUAGCAUAAUAACUAACUUAAUUUAUUCGAUUAACGUUUAUUUAUUUGGAUUAAACUUAACCCCAAAUUGGCAGCUAAACGUACCAAAGAACAACCAACCAGCAAACCAGCAGCAAGAAAUUUCCCAACUGGAACCCUUGAACAGCAACACUUGUCCAAAUUUUUUAUCCCAAUUUAUUUAAGUUGAUUACACACCCCCAGAAUAAUUAAUUUAUACGAAUUAUGAUGCAUCUUUUAGUUUAUUCUAAUUUUAUA